UAACAAAUAUUUCACCACAAAUUACUAUAUCACUUACUAUUACUACUAUAUCACCUACUCCUAUAUUACUUGCUACCACUACAUUAACUGCUAAUACUACUACACUAUCUGCUACUCCUGUUAAUACUACUACAUCAUCUGCUACUAUUU